GUAAACCCGUCCGACAAGGACCUCCAGCUUGUAUGUCCAGGCAUUUAAUCGUUUCCGUGGCUUUGUUUCCACGUAACUUGACGAUCAACACAUUUUUAAUACAUUAAUAGAUCCUCUUUGUAGAGAACCAUGUGAUGAAUGUGUUUCAAUCAUGUCCGAUAGUGUAACGAAAUUAAAGCGAUGUAGAAAGCACCCCCCCAAGAAGGUAUCCUAUUGGAACAAUCCAGGUCAUUUCCGGAAGUCAGCUCUGCAUCUGGAAGUGUCAGCGUUACAAGUAUUAUAAUUCUCUCUGCUGCAUGAGGAAAAUGCUCCGUUUUUUCGCACAGACGGUGAUUUGGGCCGUCGUCCUCUGUCAUGGACGUUGCCAGGACCCAGACUUUCACUUGCCGGACGUGGAGAACUGGGUAGAUCCUGGGGACAUGCUGAAUUACGACACGGACACGGGCACCAUGAAGAACCAACGUGACCAGCCAUGUUCAUCAGAGAAGCAGGAGUCAUUGGGAGCACCUGAAGCAUGUGAUGCACAGCUGAAAGUACAGCAGCAGCUACAGAACCAGCUGCAGAUGUGCCAGGUGCGGCUGCAGACAGCAGAGCAAACCUGCCAGUCAGAUCAGCAGAGCCCUAAACAGGAGAAAGGCAGCCCAGAGGCUCCAUAUGUCAGGAGGUUUGUUCGUGGGCUUCUGAAACAGCUGGGAGAUGUGAAGGAGCCUACAGGUGACAUGCAUGAGAUAGAGUCGGUUGACUAUGAUGUACACAUGACAGUGACUGCUGGCAACUGGCUUCUGUUGAAGAAGUUCAGCAAGGGCCAAGGCAGCCUGCAAGACACCAUGCAAGUCUUUGAGACACUUAUAACAGGUGUGUCCAGCUCACAACCUAAGGUGAACAGGUGGCAGAAAAGACUUGAAGACUACACUGGACUGGAGCUCCAGAUCUUGCUGCAGGCCAUUAUAGCAGUGUUGCUGGUCCUGUGCCUGGUGUCGCUAGAGAUCUGGAGCCACGUGUCCUGGAGGAAACAGUUCCUCAGGCUGUUCCUUCUCGGCUUCCUUAUCAGUGUCGGCUGGACCUGGAUGCAUGAAUAUAAGAGAGCUAUUGCUAAGAAACAGCGUGAAAUUUCCAAGGAGAUGCCUCGGGAGUGCAGAACAGCUGAAAGAACAGCAUUUCAGGGAAUGUAUGAGUGGGCAGUCUCAACCUUCACACUUCAGGAAGACAAGUGUGCCAAGUACCAUGAAGCCCUGGUGGUGGAUGCUUUCUGGGAGGUGACACCAACAAAGGCCUUUGCCGUGACACUUACCAAGUUCUUCCUGGAGCCCAUGGAGCACAUUGGUCGUUCCUUCAGCAAGUUUUUUGAGGGAGUUUUCCACGACCUCCCCCCGCAGCUGUGGCCCUUCGCCUUCCUGGCUGUGAUGCUGAUGUCGCUUCUGCUGAUGAUCAUGCUGGCCGGGUACAGCAUCAACAUCCCCUUCAUCUUCAGCCUCCAGCCUCGCACCGUCAACACCAUCACCCUCCCGCUGGAGACGCAAACCUGCAUGGAGGACACGCGCCAGCAGGUUUUGCAGAUUAUUGACAUGAUGAGGGAACAACAGCGUGCUGUGAUUGCUGACGGGCCAGCGCCACAUGUCCGGGUGGAACAGCAACGUGGUGUGAUCACAGAUGGCACAACCCCACACCUCCGGGUGGAACAGAUAGCACCAACAGUCUCACAGGCAGAUGCCCCCGGUCAGGAGAUGACCUACAACCAGGCUCAGAACCGAAUCAACCUGAGCCGAGGAGUUAGCUUCACCCGGAGCAGCAGUGCCAGCAGCCGGCCGCUCGCUGCCGGGCCGCACAACAAGGCAGCACUGCUGCAGAGGUCCUACAGCGCACCUAUACAGGAGGCACACAGGGACCAUGCACAGAAAAUACCUGACAAGGAAGACUCAGAACCUGAGGAAACUGAAGCGAGUACAGAAACACUAGGAUCUCAGGAGGGCAGAGUGCAUGACAGGGAUUUGAAUGUUAGUAACAUGAGCUUAGAUUAAAUCUAUACCAACUUGCCGGGAAUUUUUAUUCUGAAACUUACAGUAUGCCUACAGUACAUCUGCUACAAGGCAUAUAACCAUGGAUCUGUGAUACUUUACAAGCUAGUGCAACUGUAGUAACACUUUAAUCAGCUUGAUGACACAUACCAAAGUUACAAUGUGGUAGUUAGUUAAUUUACUUUUUGUUGUGCAACUGUUCUGAUCAGUGUCAAGUAUUGACAGCAAUCAUGGUACUAACUAAAACAUUGCAUAGUCCUGGGACAUGUAUUCUGAAGAUUUCACGUACUACGAAGCCAAAAGUGCUGAAAGAAGUCAGAAGCAGCUUUGGUAAGAAAGUCUCGGUGCUUUUGAUUUUAGCCUGCCUUCUAGUUUGUUGCAGUUCUGUUGUUGUAUAGAUGUACAUCUAUGUCAAACAUAGGGUAGGUCACUGAAAAUCGAAGCAGUGUCUGUAGACGGAUUGUAGCUUCUCUGUUUUGCUACUUGGUCUGCAAUGUGAUUUCUAAGGCAAUAUCUGAUUGGAUGGUUGGUUGGUGGAAAGCUAUUGCAGUUGGCAAUACCCUGAGCAUCCUUGCACCUAGGCUACAGGGUAGGUGCAAAUGAAGUAGCCUGAGCAGCCUUGCACCUUGGCUACAAGUGAGGUGAAAAAUUAUGUAGCCUGACUAGCCAGGCACCCAGACUAUAGAUGAAGCAUGAUGAUGCCAAGAAAAACCUUGGUUGUAAAGAGAAAAUUGCAUAAUCUUCCUCCUCCAGCAUGUGUUGAGGCUGAUUUCCUUGACAAGCAGACCAACUGGUAUCUGUUAGACACUUAUUAUAUACUGUAAAAAGGAAACUACGAUGUAGAUAUACUCUUUGUUCCAAGAGUAGACCAGCACAUUGAUGCAAUAUUACCUGUAUUGUUGCAAACGAAUUAAAUUGGGGUAAUUUA